CAUUUUGGUCCGAGCAUGACAGACGACAAGUAGUCAAUAAAACCAAAAUUAAUUGUGUUUUGUGUCGUGUGAAUAAAAAUAUUGUCAGUAAAUCUAGUUUGAGUGUGCCUGAUAUUGUGCAAUAAUUUAUCUGGGUGCAUAUUUUCCGUUUGUGGUACAAAUUCACGAGUGCAAUUAAAACGGUGUUGUGGUGCUACUUUUGCCUUUCACAAAGAGAUUGGGUUUCUAUACAAUCCUUCGACGUUGUAUGCAAGCACAGUUCUGAAAAUAUUUUCGAUAUGCAAACAUCACACGACUCGUGAAGGUGGAGACGUAUCGCAGUGAUUGGAAUGGGCGUGCGGUGAGGCCAGCAGUGAACCAGCAACAUGACAGAGGGGGAAAAGCAGCAGAACGCGGGCGGUGCCAAUGCCGCGCCACAACACAGGAAAGGACACAGGAGACAAGAGUCUAUGUACGCGAUGACGGGCCUGUACGCGGAGUCAGGGUGUGCGGAUGUGUCCGGCAAGGACGCAGCCGGCCCCAGCGCUCCGCCCUCGCACCCCGCGCUCCCCCCGCGAGACGCCGUCAAGUGCCACAGCAGGAACCCCUCAGCUGGUAUAUACGAAAGGGAACGAGAGCGAGAAAAAGAAAAAGAAAAGCCUCACCAGCUGUACCCAGAGAUAUUAGACAUUCCUCAUGACGCAAGAGAUUGCGGGAUCCUCACGUGGAGACCGCUCUUCAUACAGAGAUUCUCUAGUAUUAAAGUAUUCGUAUUUUUCCUAUCAAUCCUUGUGACGUUACAACAAGCUUUGAGCUCGGGAUACAUCAACUCGGUGAUCACGACCAUCGAGAAGCGGUUCGAGAUCCCCUCGAGCCUGUCGGGGCUGAUCGCCAGCAGCUACGAGAUCGGCAACGUCAUCACCGUCAUCUUCGUGUCAUACCUCGGCAGCAGACGGCAUAUUCCCGUGUGGAUCGCUGUUGGUGCUGUUAUAAUGGGCAUCGGGUCAUUGGUGUUCGUGGUGCCUCACUUCAUAGCGGAGGCGAACAGCGAGAUGUUGGCCAACAACAAGUCCGACGACAACAUCUGUCGGCUGCCCGGCAUCGAGAACGACAUGGGCGGCCUGGGCCGGCUGUCGCAGGGCCUGCCGCCGAGCAACCUCAGGCCAGAUAACUGCAUCAAAAGUUCACCGAGUACCUUCAUGCCUGUGAUGAUCUUCGUGGUGGCGCAGCUGCUGCUGGGCUGCGGCGGCUCCCCGCUGCUGACUCUCGGCACCACAUACGUCGACGACCACGUGCGACCUGAAUCCUCUAGCAUGUAUAUCGGGUGCAUGUACAGUAUGGGUGCGUUCGGACCGGUGCUGGGCUUUCUGCUCGGUGCGUAUCUACUGUCAUUCCACAUGGACUCCUUCUCCGGUACUGUCAUGAACCCCGGCGACCAUCGGUGGAUAGGCAUGUGGUGGGGCGGGUUCCUCCUCUGCGGGCUACUGCUCAUCCUCGUCGCCAUACCCUUCUUCUCAUUCCCCAAGGUGCUGGUGAGGGAGAAGGAGAAGAUCAGGCUGGUGGAGAAGGCAGCGGCGGCCAGUGGCUCCGGCACCAAGCCGCCGCCCAAACAGAAGGAUAUUAAAGACACGGGCUACGGGAAGGAUAUUAAAGACAUCCCCGUAUCGAUGUGGCGUCUGCUCAAGAACCCGGUUUACGUGGUGACGUGUCUCGGCGCGUGCAUGGAGCUGAUGAUAGUGUCCGGGUUUGUGGUCUUCCUGCCCAAGUACCUCGAGACGCAGUUCAGCUUAGGCAAGAGCCAGGCUAGCGUCUUUACAGGCUCCAUAGCGAUCCCCGGCGCGUGCAUCGGCAUCUUCAUGGGCGGGUGCCUGCUCAAGCGGCUGGAGCUCCGGCCGCGCGGCGCGGUGCAGUUCGUGCUCAUCUCCAACACCGUCUGCCUGUCCUGCUACGCGCUGCUCUUCUUCCUCGGCUGCGACAACAUCAAGAUGGCCGGGACUACUAUACCGUACACUAAUAACAGCAACGUGGAGCCGUUCAAGGUGAACCUAACAGCGGCGUGCAAUUUCAACUGCCUGUGCGCGGACACCGACAUGGAGCCGGUGUGCGGCAACAACGGGCUUACGUACUUCUCGCCCUGCCACGCCGGAUGCGCCGCGUUCUCGUCACGAAGCAACUUCACUAACUGUGCAUGCGUGCACGAGCACGUGCGCGAGGAGGCGGGGUCGAUGGGCGUGGUGGGCGCGGCGGCGAGCGCGCUGACGGCGGCGGGCGCGCGCGACUACGGCGAGGUGACGGUGGUGCCGGUCGCCACCGCCGGCGCCUGCAACCCGCCCUGCACCACCAUCUUCCCAUUCCUCGUGCUGCUGUUCUUCAUGACCUUCGUGGUCGCUGUCACCCAGAUGCCGCUGCUCAUGAUUGUGCUCAGGUCCGUAAGCGAGGAGGAGCGGUCUUUCGCCCUGGGCAUGCAGUUCGUGAUAUUCCGGCUAUUCGGGUACAUCCCCGCGCCGAUCCUGUUCGGCAACCUCAUAGACUCCACCUGCAUCCUCUGGAAGCAGUCCUGCAGCGGCGAAAAGGGGGGCCGCUGUCUACUUUACGAUAUAGAGCAAUUCCGAUAUAGGUACGUGGGUCUAUGCGGCGGCAUCAAGAUAGUGGCGCUGGGCAUCUUCAUAGCGGACUGGUGGCUCGUGCGCCGGCAGCGCCACCUCGACACCGCCGCGCCGCUCGACCCGCACAGGGACAUCGCCGGAUCCAUCAUUAGCCUUGACAAACUAUUCGAGGAGCCGCCGUCGGCGGAGAACACGAGCGGCGUGCGGUCGGUGAGCGCGGGCACGCCGCAGGAGGCUGGCGCGGGGGCGGCGGGGGGCGUGUGCCGCGCCGACUCCGCCCGCUCGCACGCCGAGCGCCACGACCGCGUCCUCGUCGCCUCGCGCCACCACCGCAACGACUCCAAGACCAUCCAGCUGGAGCCGCGCGCGCGCCCGCCCGCCCGCCGCCACUCGCGCCAGCACUCGCUCGACGACGCGCGCCCGCCCCUGCCGCGCUCCGCCUCCCACUCCCGCGACUUCAAGUCGCACUCGCGAUCCAACUCGCGCGACUUCAAGUCCCACUCGCGGUCGAAUUCGCGCGACUUCAAGACGCACUCGCGGUCGAACUCGCGCGACCUCGGCCUCGAGCAGCUUCGGCAGCUCGCCAUCAAGAGCAUGGACAGCCUGGACCUGACGGUGCUGCCGCUGACGCGGUGCGCCGACGGCGAGAGCGAGCGGCUCAUCGAGGGCGGCGUGCUGCGCCACCGCCGGACCAACUCGAAGGACCUGCGGCCAGAGACCAAGCACAAGCGCACGUCCUCGCACCACAUCACGAUGGAGCCCGGCGACCUCACCCUUCAGAUCCAGAAGGGCCGCAGCGCGGACCAACUGGCGCCGCCCGACGACCCGCACGCCUGAGCGCCCUCCCCCCCUCCCCCCUCACUCGGGCGACUGUGGAAUCUCGUAGAUAAGUUGAAAUUACCGCGAGCGACUCGAGUCGCGCGACUGAACUGCUAGUUAAUUAUGCGCGGGCUUAAUCAGACGCCCGCGUACACAAUCGGAGUGAUAUAUAAAGUGCAAUCAGUGAGAGUAGGAUAGCCGUAGUUUCUAUUUUCGCCUUAGACUAUCCCGAACUAGGAGUCGGUCUCUUUCUUACUUUUAAACUUUAGUACAUACUUUAUUACAUGAAUACGCUUACACCGUGCGAGUGAUGUAAAUCAUAUCUUAAAUUGUGAAGUAUGAUCGUAUGAUGAGUCACGCUUAACGCGAUGGUAUUACGAGAUCUUUUUAUUUUGUGUUCAUAGAUAAUUUUGCGUAAGUAAACAUUAUGCUCUAAAUACUCGAAUCACCGGCAAAACGUCUUUGUUACACUAUUUGAUUUGACUUACUUUUUUAUUAGUCUUAAGAUGUAGAAUCGAGUGUAGGAUCGUUGUACAUUUUGUUACUGUAAUUGUACUUAAAAUAUACAUAAAUAUAUAUUUUAUAUUUAAAUAUUUUUGCCCGAAAUCGAGUUCGGUAUACAUAUGUCAUAUCGUGAAAUAUCAUUGUUUUAUGAGAUACAAAAUAACAUUAAUGCGAUGAUUCAAAAUUAGUUGUUUAGAAUGUUAGAUUUGUAUAAUUGAACAAAUGCGAGUUGGCAUUUUAACAAAUUGUUCAAACUAAAUUUCUAAAAAUAUUAGUGAUACCUGUUAAAAUAUGUAGUUGUAUCGUUUUAACAUUCCUUUUAGUGUAAUUAUCACAUUCACAACACUAACUUUUAUAUUAAAUUACUGUAAAUAUUUGGAGCUCUGAAACUUAGGUGACAAAAAAAUAUGAAAUUGAUUUUCAAGAUAUUCUAAAUUAUAGCAACGAUUUCAAAUUAUGCAACCCCAAAAUGUAUAAAAAUAAUGAUAAAUAUAUUUUGUAUAAAUUACAAAGAGUACUGCACUAAAUUAGACAUUAGACGCAAUUUAUUAGAGUGUGGCCGAUAGUCUCCCCAGUAUUAGUGAUCUCAGCUCAUAAAUACAUUUCUACAUACAUAAUAACAUCACCUCUAUAGUUUUUAGUAUAUCUCAUAAUAUUAUACUUACAGUAAUUCCAAACAAAAAAUAACCAUUUACAAUCUUAAUCGUGAUUUGUCGUAUUAGUUAUGUCUUAUUCAUUUAAAUUAAUCCGUUUUGUAUAGUUUAAUAAGCAUGUUGCAAAUUUUUUUCUAAAUGUCUGUAGGCUAUACCAUAUACAUAAUUCACUUUAAGUUUUAUUACUCCUAACUUAUCUUGCCGCAUAUUUUUAUGUUAUGUUGUGAAACUGAAAAUAAAUGUGUGUGUGGCUCUAAUUGAGGUUCAUCCACUGUUAUAGACAUCAUCAAAUCAUAAUAUUAUGUACAAGAUGCUUUCAAUUUGAAACCACUACUACUUUAUUUUUCAGUAAUACAAUUGUCAGUUUUUAGUUUUAUGUUUAGUUCAAUUACUUGUAUUUAUUACUUCUUUUACUUGAAUGAGCAAAAAAUCUUGUCAAUUCAUGGCUGCUGUAUCAUUGAGCUGCUGUAAAUUAAUAACUUUCAAUUACUACUAUAGUAAUAUUUAGUAUGAAAUUAAAUAAAAAGACAAAAGAUAAUAAAUACAAUCAUGUACAUUGUCGUAUACAUGUUAAGAGAGUAAUAGUUUGAUAUGAAGAGAGUGUUUUAUCUAAAAAUGCCUUAUUACAAUUAUUAGUGGUUAAGACUUGAUACUGACUUAGCUGUAUGAUUAAAGUUGUUAUGUCAAUCACGGUGAUCAUAGCAACCCCCUAAUUUGUUGCAUUUAGUGAUUAAUAAAAUUGCAUACCU